UUGUACAGGUUCGGUAUGCGGAGCGUCACGCUUCCGGCGACCUAGUCGGUUGUUGGCGAUUUCUCUCCGAUGGAGCGUCCCUUGUUGAACACCACAACCUCUUCUUGAACCUAGUCCAUCUCCACCAUGAUGCUCCGAGUACGCGUCCUAGCGCUGUCAGUGGCGGCCUUGUUCAGCACUGUCGCUGGUUCCAGGCACAGUAUCAACAGAAAUACAGAGAUCAGAUCAAGUUCCAAGCUUGGCAAGCAACUAUUGGCACAAGCACGGCCGGUGGAUGGUGGCCGUAGUUUGAACGAAGAUGUGGAUUACUCCUUUGUUGCCGAUUACAGUCUGAAAUUCCAAGGAUGCCAUCAUGUUCAGCAAUGGAAUGAAUAUGCAGAGGAUGAAGACGAUGUCCGCGUCAAGACAAAGCGGCUGGUGCGCUUUCGUCUGUGUGAAUCCGAUUCUUGCAGCAAUAGCAACUCGGCAGGUUGCACUUCCAAGUUUGGCGACUAUGUAGUGGACAUGAACACCUUUGUGGCUGCAUAUCUCGAGGCACUGGAGGAAGAGCAAGAAGACAUCUGUCAGGAUGCCACUUAUGACUGUCAAGACGAGUGCUACGGAAAUGACGAUGCAGCUACCUGUAUGAGUGCUUGCUAUGACGCCUAUGAUGUGUCCUUCUGCAACAACCUCUACAAUGAUGAUGGAAACCAACAAAACAACGAGGACGAAGAAUUUGACGUUUCGGAAUAUGCUGAGUGUGCGGAAUUCAAACAGCGACGUCGUUUGGAAAACAACAAUGGCUACGAAUACUACAUUGGUCCCUACUGUGCUGACCAAGGUGGAGAAAUCCAUUUGGGAGUCUUCACCGAUGAUACCUGCACAACUUACGCUCAGAACGGCGAGAGUACCUUCUACAACAUGAUGGGAUACAAUCUACCUUAUUCGGAUGACUCAUUGGUUUCUUCUCGAUGCUUUGCAUGUGGCCAAAACGACGGAAAUGGAAACGAACUCAAGGACUUUUGUGCAAAUAUCUACGAUUACGCAGGAAAGUGCGAGACUAGAAUGAACAUUGGUUACCCCAAUGAGAGCUCUUGCUCGUACAUUGAAGGUAUCAAGAUUAUCCGUGAAGACGGUGUCAUUCGUACCUCCACAGUGAAGAAGUCCAAGGCAGCUGCCGUCUGCAUCGGACUGUUCCUCACUCUGGCUGUUCUACUAGCCGGGUAUGUCUAUUACCUGCGUACCAAACUCGGAAGAGCACAGAUCAACCUCGCUGCUGCAACACAAUCGUUGACCUAAAAUUGCAUAUUCGCAAAGAACAAGACGUCAGAGCCUCGCUUCACUUUGUAUCACCACCUCAUCAAUAUACUACAGUAAAUAAACUAGUAAAGAGCCGUAUAUGUCACUGCGCAAGAUUGGUUCUAUCUACUAGCUAGCUCCUUCCGCAAUCGAGCAGGUUGCUGUCAGAGGCAGCAGAACCGGUACCAUACCGCACGACUGAGACUCAAAACUUUCAUGCACGGCCGCAUCAUGGCCGAACGGAUUGUGCUACUAGUAGUACGACUGUAGUCUACCAAAGGGCCAACGCAUCAUCAGCCCAAUGCCUACCGGCACCUCUAGGUCAAUACUGUACCAGUAUUCAUCUUGAAGGAGCACCCCCCUCCUCCUAACUAAAGGGCCAGCCAACACCAAGUAUGGAUCCCUCGGGUUGGAUCUACCCUUUGAACCCAACAGCUUUGUUGCCGGUGAAAUGAUUGUGGGAUUCCCCGCUAUUACCGCCUGCCAAGACGCAAACCUGUCCAAGGAGAGUGAGGAAGAUUCCAUUUUGAAUCAUUGGCCCAAUGCCUACCUGUAGGUCAAUGGUACCAAGAUUCAUCUUGAAGGGGCACCCCCCUCCGAAUCGUACCGUACGGUACCAAUAAGCUGUCCAGCCAACGGUACCGUACGACCGCCCAGGGAGCAACACGAAUCUUUACUGCCACUUGGCAGCGGUUCUUCUCGGUUGUAUGCAUUAUUUAU